AUGGCAGACUGGAACCUGCUGGGGAAGCUCCUGGAGAAGGCCCAGGAGCACUCGACAGUGGUGGGCAAGGUGUGGCUGACUGUGCUCUUCAUCUUCCGUAUCCUGAUCCUGAGUGCUGCCACAGAGAAGGUGUGGGGAGACGAGAUGUCCGGCUUCACUUGCGACACCAAACAACCCGGUUGUCAGAACGUUUGCUACGAUUACACCUUCCCCAUCUCUCACAUCCGAUUUUGGGUGCUGCAGAUCAUCUUCGUGUCCACGCCCACACUCAUUUACCUGGGACACAUACUUCAUCUUGUGAGAAUGGAGGAGAAGCAAAAGGAGAAAGACCAGCAAAUGGAAAUUCUUCAUCCAGAAAAGCAAGCGCUCAUUUCAGAUACAAAGCACAAAAAGCACUUGGUGAGAGACAAUAAAGGACGAGUGCGUAUCCAGGGGGAGCUACUGCGCACAUACGUCUUUAAUGUAAUCUUUAAAACGCUGUUUGAGGUAGGCUUUAUUGUAGCUCAGUACUUCUUGUACGGCUUUGAGCUGAAGCCUAUGUACACAUGUAAUAGGCGGCCUUGUCCUAAUGUAGUGAACUGCUACAUAUCGCGCCCCACUGAGAAAACCAUCUUUAUCAUCUUCAUGCUCGGAGUAGCCAGUGUGUCUCUACUGCUCAACCUCAUUGAGGUCUAUCAUCUGGGAUUCACCAAAUGUCGCCAGGGAUUCACGUACAGGAGAAGCAAGGAGUCCCCAGAAAUUAUCCCAAAAGACCCUGGCGAGACCACGGUGCCUAUUGUUCCCAGUUAUGAUGACUACUUCGCUGGGCACCCUCCAGUUCAGCCAGCAUAUCCUCCAAGUUACAACCUCUCCUCCCCAAUCACCGAUGGCACAGACUCCUCUUUCCAUCCCUACCAUAGCAAAACAGCCUACAAACAGAAUAAGGACAAUAUGGCAGUAGAGAGGAGCAGCACAAGCAAACCUGAGGAAUGUGACCUGAAAGGCAAGAAGGGAGCAGGUUCAGCCCCGGGGUCGCCCACACAGGCCAGGCCAGGGCGCAGCACCAAACACAGCAGCAACAAGACCAGAAUAGACGAUCUAAAGAUAUGA